AUGCCACAAAAUAUGGAAGUACGUGAUGAUGCAAGACGCCCCAACGAGAAGCCUUCAUGGAAGGUGCUCCUUACUCGUGGCUUAUUGGUGGCGUUUAUUGCACUUGCGCUGAAAAAUCUGGGGAUGUUUGGGUGGGUGGACAGGGGUAGCGAGACAGUUCCUGAUGUGCCGCAGCAUGCUUACUAUUCACAAAAAGGUGAUACCUACGACGUCGAGAUCAUGUCUGUCGAACCAGGCCUUUUCAAAAGGGAUUCCUUCAGGCGGAUAGUUGUUGGAGGAACGGAGGGGAUUUCUCGAAAUUAUACCGUCAACCUUCAGUCGUGUUUUAAAAGAAAUUGUAGCGCUACACUAAAGGUUGUGAUGAGACUAUACGAUCUCGUAUACACGCAGGAGUUUCCGAUGGUUCGUUUUCUUCCUUCGCGACGUGCUGCGGAGCUUCACAACUUGUUUACUGAAAACGUGCCACUGAGCCGUGAUGAGGAAGAAACUGAAGCGAAUACCACAUGGAAGGCAUACUUCCAACCAGUGUUGACGCUUAGCCCUGUCGUUGACCUUCCCAGCCCAAUUCCACCAGAAAUCAGACAUCUCUACGCGAGAGAGGAGGCAUCGGGAAAGUACCUUCCUUUGCUUUACAUAAACAAUAUAUGGGUGCUCCGGUCUCAUCUCAUGGAGCUAAACAAAACGACGGCGGAAUUUCCUCUAAAUUUUACGAUUCGUAUUUCACCCAUUACGUCGUGGAAGUUGGGAAUCCAAUACAAUUUUGAUCGCUCCCUGAAACAGAAUCAGGAUAAGGGACUUAUGAGGAGCGAAGACGCAGAGGAAAUAAAGAGAAUAUUUCUCGAGACAAACCCAUAUUUUCUGGCGCUAACUCUCUUAGUUUCCAUCCUUCACAUGUUCUUUGAAUAUUUGGCUAUGUCCAAUGACGUAAUGUUCUGGCGACGGCGCAAGGACUUUCGUGGUCUGUCACUGCGGACGAUUAUCAUGAACUGUUAUUCCCAAACUGUUAUAUUUCUAUAUCUUUAUGAUAACGAUGAAACUUCAUGGGCCAUUUUACUUCCAAGCGGUAUAGGAGUCCUCAUUGAGUACUGGAAGCUUGCUCAAACCGCGCAUUUUGUGAGAGGGGAAGGCGGUAGACUCCGCCUGCAGUUCGGUGAUGGCUAUGACAAGAAAACGAGAAAGCAUGAUGACGUUGCCAUUCGCUACCUUAUGUACCUCUUGACACCCGUUCUUGCAUGCUACACGGUGUACUCCGCACUUUUCAACACUCACAGGGGUUGGUAUUCUUUUUUCAUCGGUACACAGGUACGUUUUAUCUACAUAUUUGGAUUUGCCAUGAUGACACCUCAAAUAUUUAUAAAUUAUAAGAUGAAGAGUGUCGCCCAACUCCCCUGGCGUACAUUUGUGUACCGAGCACUUAAUACAAUUAUAGACGAUCUCUUUGCGUUUAUUGUGACGAUGCCUUUGUUGCAUCGUUUGGCUUGCCUUCGCGACGACAUUGUUUUCAUCAUAUUGCUGUACCAGCGGUGGAUUUAUCCUGUGGACACAAGCCGUAAGGAGGAUUGUGAGGCCGAUGAUGACGAUGGGGAGGAAAGAUGCGUAGGAGACAAGGGAAAGAAAAAUGUCGAGGGGCCCACGAGGGAAAAGGGGGACUAG